CUCUACCACCACAACUCUCAUCCAAACUUGAAACCAUUCAAAGCUUACUGCUUUCUAAGUCCUUAAAAGUUUUUUUCCUUUCAUUAUUUGCUCAUAUCUACAUUGAACUCAACUACCAUGGCUAUCCGUAUGCCUCGUAUAAUCAAGAAGUCUUCUACAGCUAAAGAUGUUCCAAAAGGCCACUUUGCUGUGUAUGUCGGGGAGGAGCAGAAGAAGAGAUUUGUAAUCCCUAUAUCGUUCUUGAGACAACCUUUAUUUCAAGAUUUACUAAGUCAAGCUGAGGAAGAAUUUGGUUUCGAGCAUCCAAUGGGUGGUCUCACAAUACCCUGCAGAGAGGAUGUCUUCGUUGACCUUACCUCUCGUUUGAAGAACUGAAACGGAAACUUGCUUUCAAAAUUUUGUACUAAAGCAUGAUUUUGACACUGUAAAGCUUAGGAGUUAAAGAAAACAGUAGCUGAUGUUAGAACGAGAGAUUUUGCCUCUUACUAGGUAGAUUAGGGAACCAUAUCCACAAAGCCUGAUUGUCAUUCCAUGUCAAAGAGACAAAUGACUCUGUACCUUUUUUCUUCUUUAAAGAUAAUGAAGUUUUGAACCUUCUUCAA